GCGCUUUUACACUGGUAAGAUAACAUUUUAUUAAGAUGAUGAACGUUCUUUUUUUGCAAAUUUCCAGGUUUUUUAUCAGAUAAAGGGAUUUUCUGAGGCGAACAUAAAAUAUAUCUAAUCGCAGGUCGUUGCUCAACAACAAGGGACGAGAACGAAAGUUUUCUUUCCCUUCCACCACGACCACGUUGGCAUUUCCCUCCGUGGUACGAUUCUAUUCUCCCAAUCGUAAAAGAAUCGAGCAGACCUUCCCACGAAUGUUACACGGAUUUUGUAAUCGUCCCAAUAUAUAAUUAACGAUAAUUUAAUUCAAGACGACACCUAUCUUCCUACCAGAGUUUUAUCUCUUUAUUCUUUUCUUCUCCGCGUUUAAACCGUGUAAAUCGAAACGAAACAAAGAGAACCUUGUUAUUUACGGUAUUAAAUGAUUAAUCGCGGGAACGAGAAUCUGAGCAAACGUUUGAUCGUAUACGUGGAGAAUAUUCGAAAACGACGCAAUACUUUGUUACCUAAUUCGAUAAAAAAAAUAUGCUAACCGCGGCUAAAAUCAAAACCAUCCAUUUCCGCGGAAUUUGCACGUCAAUCUCGAAAAGUUCGCGAUCAGCAAUUAUGCGCAAUGCUAAUUGGCAUUUGAACGCGCCUCGAAAAUUAAGGGGUUAUCGAGAAAAAGAAGAGGAAGAAGAAGAAGAAGAAGAAGAUGAAGCAGGUAUGGAAAUGAAUGGCUUGAUCGUGUGCGAGAUUCCCGUUUUCCGCUUUGUUCAACUACGACGUUCGUAUGUAAUAAGUACACCGAGGUAUCGGAAGAAGGGAAUUACUUUGGAACUUCCUGCUUUCUUCGACGACGUUUUCUGCAAAUCGGCAAAGUCGAACCGAUUCCGUGCCUCCCUUUUAUCAUAUCAGAGACUCUCGAGAAAGGAAGAGAAAAGACGAUAUUUCAAGGACGUACUCUUCAAGAAAUUCUUGUCAUUCUCUUAAUCCAUCCACUGCUGGCAUGAAUUUUAUUAUAAAUGACUCGAAAAUAUUCUUCCCUCGUCCUCUCGUUUUCACGUGUACAUAGAAACACGGGUAUUGCAUAACCGUCCACUUCGUGUCGAAGUAUCUACGAGUGAAAAAUGUGUAGAGUCGCGGUUGCGAUCGAUGAUCUCCCAUUUGCAGCCACCCUCGUGAGAGGCAGAGAUCGGCGAGAAACGGGGAGAAAAAGUGGAAAAAGGCUGGUUCAAGUACGAUCCAUCGUUCACGAUCCAUUUUCACGGGUGUAAGAGCACGAGAAGGAUUGCGUAAGAGAAGAAUCCGCGGCAUCGACGAGUCCCUCCCCUACCUUCCUGGGAUCUUCUCUUUCUCCGUUCGUCCGGUGUGGGAGCCCCGGAAAAGAGGGGCUCUCAAGAACCCCCCCUUGUUCCUGCUCGAUCUCUAAAGCCAUAUAUAUACCACCACCUCGUGGUGGCAUCCUUCGUGAAAGAAACUUUGCCGGCAACACCGUGGAGGACCGAAUCUCGCGGGCGGAGGAGGUCCAGCGGAUCGGGGCCGUUGAGUGAAAAUCGAUAUACCGAGAUAAAUGAACGCCACGUGGAGGGACACUGCGGAUUAAGCUGAUCUUUGGAUCUUUUUGCGCAAAACAAGAUGAUUUCGCGGUACCAAAUUUUGUGCCUGCUCCUGGUGCUCGCCACGGUUUUACUGUAUCGAGCGAUGGCGCAAGUAGACGGUUACACGCCUGGUGUGGACUAUCCGAUCUACGACUCGGUGCCUUUCGGUCUCACGUUUACCUGCGGAGGCAAAUUACCUGGUUAUUACGCCGAUCCCGAAGCUAGAUGUCAGGUCUGGCAUUGGUGCUUGCCAAAUGGGCGCAUGUUUAGCUUCCUUUGUCCAAACGGUACCGUUUUCAGCCAAUCUGCUCGCGUCUGUGAUUGGUGGUUCAAGGUUGAUUGCAACGAUUCGCCAAGAUUGUACGGCAUCAACGAUGAUCUGUACAGAGACGUGAACGGGAACAAGAUCUAAUAACUAUUAUCUGUGAAUAUUUAAACGCGUGUCGACAAAAAGUAUUUCCGUCUCUUCGACGAGACAGUAUUUCAACGGAAGCAAGAUGCGUGCAACGAGUUGCGAGUUUCUAGCUUGCCGACGGAGAAAAGCAGAGCGCUGUAAUAUUGUCAGACGUUAAAUUACACGACGACGAUCGAACGUUACAAAAUGUUCGAACUUGUAGCUACAUUUUCGAAUAGAACCAGUUAAAAUUUCUCCGAGAAAUUAAUCCAAAUUACUCUUAAUCUCUUUAUAACAAAUUUGAUUCUUCAAUAAAGAACAACAGAUGCAUUAA